GUGAGCACUGUUUACGAUAGUAACAACUUGCAUAACUAGAAUAGGCUGCAGAAGGUGGCUUUGGAUAACGGUACAUUCAAGCAGAUUUUCAAAGCAGCGCACCUUACAAUGCAAGAAAUGAGAAAUAAAUAUGUAUUUGUGGAAUCGUACGUGCAGAUGAUGAUGGUAUCUAUUGAACUCUCUUUUUGUCCUAAUUUCAGUGGCAGAUUCGUGUCACCUCCCAGUGUGUCCAGGAGAAAUGUCAGCAUGUUUCAGAGGCUGGCAUGGUGGAAGAGAUUGUUACACCACUUGCUUUCUCAGAGGAAUCCCGUGCCCACCGAUGGCGUGGCUCCGGUGUCCCGGAGGUGGAUAUCCCAACUGCACCUCAGACUGGCCCAAUUCUUGCUCCUGCUCAUGCGAAUUACGAAUAUGAUGACUGCAGGCACCCUCUCACUUUGGCGAGCUCAUUCACAUCGCUUCAAUCACUACAUCCCAACAUGAAGAAUGCCCAAGUUUUCAUGAAUUAUUACAUGUCCAAAUACUUUACUGAAUUUUCUCAGCUGGUAAAAUCAACGUUGAGAGUAUGUAUUAGUCGUACGGAAUAAAUUUUCUGUAAUAGA